AUGGAUGUAGCACCUCGAACGGUAGAAAGAAGAAGUGUUUUCCGUCAAAUCACCAAUCACUUCGGGAAGAACUGGUUCUACCGGGCAUCCGGCUCGUUCGUCACUCUCGCCCCCAUCGUUAUCGGAGCCGCUGUAGCUAUUUAUGUACAUGAAGAUGAUUCCCCAAUAGAAUAUGUGAUAAAAGAAACACUUUUCAUGAGCGCUUUCCAACUGGGACUAUUUUUGUUCUCGCUCUGGGCUGAAUUGGACUAUGUCAAGGAUAGAUAUCUCUUUGCCAGAAUAUAUAAUGAUGAUAAAUUCCUAGUAUACUUAGCGGUCUUUGCAGCUGGAUCUGUGUUCAGCAGUUUGAUCAGAGAUAUACGAUCUACCAAACAUGAAAAUCUUAAUCAACACCUUAUCAAGACCUUCCAAGAAAUUUCUGAGAACCAAACAAGAUUAAACCUUGCAAAAUUACAGGAGAUAUUGGAGCUUUUGAAAGAGGAAUGA